CUUUCUGGGUUGCUCGACUGCCCAUAGUCCUCUCCCAUCUCCGUUCGUUCCUUGUUGAGCUGGUCUCUCGCGCGUGCAGCUGGACUGUUCCGACCUUUCAUACCGGCUGGACCUUUUCAUGCUGUGUCAAAGGGGCCAUUUCAGAGUAACGACGAAUGUCAAGCAACCCAAGAAUUCCCUUUCCUCAGGAUAUCGGGAGUUCAUUCGCAGAGGAGUUCCUACUUCAUCCCGAUUAUCGCGUGAUAGCAGGCUUCUUGCUGGGCUGGGUUUUGUGGAGCGGUCUCGCGUACGCAGGCCGCUCUCAUUUCUUUCAGCAGCUCGCCCGCCUUUGCUGGAACUCCCUUCGUCGAGCCAACUCUGCAGCAGUAGCAGGCCCCGACCUCGAAGCGCAAUCACCGGUCAACGAAAAGAAGUCUCAAUGGCCUCUGGGCGCUCUAGCUCAACCUCGUCGGGUCUCUAACGAGGCUGCUUUAGCGUUCACGCUCGACAUAUGCUUCGCGUUUGCUGGUUUCGCUGAAUUCACUUCCCUUCUCGCUUACAGUCCCAAUGGUGACACCGCAUGUGCGUUUACCACGGCAUGGGGCAGCAUGGCAGCCCAAGCAGCUCGCUUGAUUGGACUCGUCAUACUGGUUCUGGAACUUCACCUUCGCAGAGGGAGUAAUCUGGAGUUUUACUGCCUGUGUGCAGCACUUGUAGUUGGCCUAUCGUUCAUACUGGCCUUUACUGCCACGAACACUGGUGUGAUCGUCUUUAUUCAUACAUUGGGCGUGGCGUUGUGCAAUAGAACAAUCUAUGCUCCAACUGCGCUGCUGUCCUCAAUAGGAUUCAUUGUCUUAGAGCUUUACAUCGGCGUUCGGUUCUUGGGCUGGGAUGGCCUCAGGUCGGGCCUUCGUUCUUUCUUCAGGCAGUCUGCCAACCUGCAAGUCGCGCGGGCGGGAAGUUUACUUCUCCUCGACGUCCUCACCGUUGCGCCAAACGCCGUAGCCACGAACGAACUCGCGCAGUUCAUCCCAUUCAGUAUUGGAGCUCUGAUGGUCCUUGGCACGUUCAAUCAUGGCAUUGAGUAUAACGUUGUAGUGCCCACUGGGGUGACACCAACUGCUGUAGUGCUCUCGACUCAUUCUUCGCGUGCACCUACCCCUCUCUCGAUUCCUCAGCCAACCCUCCCACCGUCGUCUGAGGCUGCAGGUGAGACCCCGAUGUAUGGCACCGAAGCCAGGCCCAAGAAGGAGGAGGAGGUCGUCCUUGAGAGCCCUUUCGUGCCGACCCACCUUCACAGUCAAUUCCCCGCACCAGUCCCGGUUCCUAGGAGCGCGCCUCCCCGAAUUGGAGAUGCGUCGGUCUUCGACUCUCAACAGAGGAGACAGAUUCUACCGUUCCAGGUCCAGUAUGCAGAGCAGCUCGAGCGACACAUCCAUACCGGCCCUAUAGUCAUGCCCAUUCGUACCAAGCCACAGCGUCCUCGCGUCGAAGUCAUAAUCGAGGACAUGGAGCGUGUGCCGGAGCGAUCAAAGAAGUCGAGCCUCAUUGGCUCCGAUAUCGUGCGGCUUCAGUCUGCGUCGGGAGUCAGUACAAUAACGGAGAAGAAGCAGCGGUCGCCCGACAAUGUGACCCCGUCUGACUACGCCAAUUCUCAAAGUUCCCAAUUCACGCCGGUUGCCCGCACACCUACUACCUUCCGCGACUCCGCCCAGUCCGCACCAUGGACGCCAGCGCCGACUCGAUCCCUCAGCGCCGGCUCUGGAGCUAUCUUCUCCACCGCAUCGUCCCGCCAGCCAAGCCGCCGGAAAAUCAAGUCAACCGCUGCCAGUGAGACCUCGGCCAAGUUGCCUUGGCGCCCUGCCCCUCGACAGUCUUACUCUUCUGCUAUGACAUUUGGUGGUGCAAGGGAGGAGCUCUCGAUUGUGGUGGAGGGCCAAGCAGAACGUCCGGGCUCGCGCCGGGCAAGUCGCUCGUCCACUACGACAAAGCGGAUGGUGAUCAGCCGGCCUCACUCUUUACGCCCGACGCGAUCCUCAAGUCCCCAGCCAUCCCUUCGAAGCAAGCACCUCCCCGCCAUUCCCUCAGCAACGCGCCCGGCUUCGUCCCAGCAUCUCACUGUCCCCGACCAUCUCCGGGGGACCGAUCCCCCCUCGGGGUCGCCCAUCCGGUCAUCCUCGCAGUACAUCGUCCCGGAGCCUGUCCUGCCCACGUCUCCCCCGUCUGGCUCGUACGAGCGGGCGAUGGGCUCCGGCAGACUGCGAGGCCCGAGGUCGCCGCCUACAUCCAGCUCGACGCCGAACCUCCGUUCAGGGUGGCCUCAGGUGGGGACGCCAAUCGCGGGCCCGGUGCGCAUGAACUCGCGGCACAGCCGUAGGCGCAGCGGUAGCUGCCCCGAGCUGCCGCCGCUCGACAUGGGCUCGGCGACGCUGCGCCCCAUCGGUCCGGUAAAGCGGGACUCGCCACCGGAAAGCUAAGAGGGGAGCAGACGUCAGGAGGGUGCCGGAGGAUGCUGGGCAGUAUGCUCGCGGUCUUGGCUUGCUCGAUAGUUAUGCGGUAUGAGGGAUACGUCCUUGCGAUGAUUGACAUUACGGCCUGCGGCACGGUUAAAUUAUUCUUGGACACUAUAACACGCCCUUUUGUAACCCACACAUAAU